UUUCCAUGCCGUUGGUAGAAAAUCUCUCCCAUCCUACAACCAUGAGAUCAAGCACCGCCUUCAGGUCGUCACUACGCUCCCUCAUUGCUAUCUUCCUGGGCAUCAGUGUCCUCCUCCUUCAGGAGAAAUCGGAGGCAACUUUGAGUGUCCCCUCUUAUCAGCAACCCUUCCUGGGCUCAGGGUGGGAGGAAACCAUCCCGAAACACAUGAAAUGGUCCGACGAGGCCAUUCGCAUCAUGAAGCGGAAACAAGAGGACCUCAAUACCGACGAACUGCAGUACUUCUCGGAGGAGCAGGUAGAUGAGGCCAGCCGGGUAGAAUACAAGGUUGUGCCUGACCCGGUCAUCUAUACUUCCCAAAUCAUACACAAGGGUGUCAACUGCUCCUCCAUCAAGACCGAUCUGCACAAAAACCACAUAACGCCGGAGCUUCAGCUUCACCCAGAAUGGAUUCACACCUCCCAACUCAUUGGCACUUGCCCGACCCACUACGUCACUCGUGAGUUGCCUCCCAUGUAUUCGCCUUCCGUGGUGGUAGAAGCCGUUUGCACAUGCACUGGCUCUAAAUGCUCUCGCGAUGGUCACCAGUGCCUCCCUGUAUCCCGCCAUAUUCCAGUUUGGGUUCGCCAAGGACCCAACUUCCAUGUGCUGGAUGUUGAAGAGCUGACAGUUGCCUGCGCAUGCGUAAGAAGACCAAGCGUUGCUGGGAACUUCAUCUAUACCUCUGCAGUUCAUAGUAAAUGAUCUGCUUUGGUUGCAUUCCAGGGAGAUUAUACACGGUCUACGGAGGCAUUUCAUGAUUAUGGUUGGAAUUUUCAUAAAGACAGACUUCCGAAAGUCUGCUAACAGGUCUACAUCCCCUUUUUGUCUCUGAUUUCACAUUCCGUUGACUGUCACUGAUUGUUUUCUUUCAUUUACAGCGCACCAGUGGAAAAAUAGCAUGUGCACAUAAAGUCCUCUCAUCAUACUUGACUCAUCUGAAAGAUUCUGCAUUCGAACAGAUAAUUUUUGUUAGAAUAACUGAAUUAAGAAAAUCAUACUAACAAAUUUACAAGCAGAGAAAAUUGGACAAUUUGUUUUACAUAUGCAAACUUACUCUCGUUGUAUUCGAUGCUUUCUGAUAAAAGCUCCUAAACAAGGAUUGAGAACGUUCUUAUGUAAAUGUAGAGAAUAAGUAAAAAAAAUAAGAAAAAAUGAUGAGCAGGAAAUUUGUCAUAAACGUAUUACAUAACAUGUAUUAUGUAUUUAGAAAAAUGGAAAGAAUUCUACAUUUUUCCUCUCCUGGUGUCUUUUAACCCCCAUAAAAUAUUUUCAAGCAAGAAAGUUGUUUAAA